AUGGACGCGGGGGCCGGCCUGGCGCAGCGGCUUCGGGCAGCGCUGCGGGAGGACGAGCCGCGGGCCGUGGAGGAGCUGCUGAGCCGCGGCGCCGACCCCAACCGGCUGCUCGCGGAUGGCGCGGCGGCCAUGCACCUCGCCGCCGGAGCCCGGCACCCGCGCGGCCUGCGCUGCCUCGAAGCCCUGCUGCGCCGCGGCGGGGACGCCAACGCUCGAUCGGUCGAGGCGCUGACGCCGCUGCACGUGGCUGCCGCCUGGGGCUGCCGCCGUGGCCUGGAGCUACUGCUGGGCCAUGGAGCCGACCCCGCGCUGCGCGACCAGGACGGACUGCGGCCGCUGGACCUGGCCGAGCAGCAGGGACACCGGGAUUGCGCGCACGUCCUUCGCGAGUUCCAGAGGCAGAGGCGGACCAGGACCUCGACCCCGACCGGGGUAGAGAGGGAGGAGCCUGAGCCCGAGCCCGAGCCCGACGGCCCAGACCCCUGGGGAAAGGGACUGGACACCAGCCGCUCUGCACCUCCCUGUGUGACACCAGGCUCCACAGCAGUGGGCAGAAGUGAUGGCAGGGACAUGUGCCUGGAGGCCAGCCCCAGACUGUCCAGCCUGAGAUUGUCCAGCCUGAGAUUGCUGGACAGCCUCCUUGUCCAGCCUGAGAUUGCUGACAGUGAUAGCGGCUUGGAGUCCCCCCCAGGCCAAUGGGACUGCAGCUCAGAUACGUCCUUUGUCACCGCGAUUGAAGCCUCUGGAACUGAAGACCCAGCCCUGGACACCGCCUCGGGGGCUGGGUCAUUACCCAGGGCCGAGCAGGGACUCCUGCCUGAUAUUCAAUCUUCCCAGAGGAUGCCAAGGUCUCCAGGUACCCCACAGCCAGUGCAUCGAGCUGCCAUGGCAGACAGGGAGGCAGAACUAAAUACCCGUCUGCGGUCUUUGACUCUGACCUCUUCAGAUGCCUCCCCAACCCCCGUAUCUGUCCCUGUUGGAAGCCCUGCCCAAAGCCCUCCUCUGGAACCACUGCCUGGACUCCCUGACUCCCCCUCCCUAAAAGAUGAAGAGGUGUCCCUUGACAGUGAUGUGGCUGCUCUCUGGCUGACGGAGGAUGAAGUAAGCUCCACAGGUGACAGGGACUCUGUCCCCUCUUGCUGGUGCCCUCUGGUCCCUGCCAUGUCUGACCUGGAGCUGUUGCGAGGGCUCCAAGCACUUGGUGAGAGCUUGGGCCCCAUCACACCCUUCACUCGGCCAUACCACCUCCGACGGCUGGAAGAAGCCCACCAAGAAGCUGCUCCUGACUUUUCAGGGCACAGCCCAGAGCUGGCCGAAGCCCUGCGGACAGGCUGUAUCCCAGAUGCCCAGGCAGAUGAGGAUAUGCUUACCCAGCAGUUUGAGCGUCCAGAUCCCAAGAGAAGGUGGCGGGAGGGGCUCAUAAAGUCCAGUUUCACGUAUCUACUGAUGGACCCGAGGGAGACUCAGGACCUGCCAGCUCGAGCCUUCUCACUGACCCAGGCUGAAUGCCUUCGGGCCUUUGUUCGUGCCAUCUUCUACGUGGGGAAAGGGACACGGGCCCGGCCAGAUUUCCACCUCAGGGAGGCCCUCAGGCUCCAUCGGCGGCCAGGAAAGCAGGCCUGCCCCAAAGUGCGUCAGAUCUUGGAGAUUUGGGCCAGUGGUCGUGGUGUUGUCUCCCUGCAUUGCUUCCAACACGUGAUUGCUGUGGAGGCUUAUACUCGAGAGGCGUGUCUUGUGGAGGCUCUAGGGAUCCAGAUGCUGACCAACCAGAAACAAGGACAUUACUAUGGAGUAGUGGCGAACUGGCCAGCCACCCGGCGCCGCCGCUUGGGGGUGCAUCUGUUGCACCGUGCCCUCCUUGUCUUCUUGGCUGAGGGUGAACGAGAGCUGCGGCCCCAGGACAUCCAGGCACGUGGCUGAGUACUGGGGAGUUGGCCAUCCAGCCUAGGUAGAGAUCAGGGUGUUUGAAUGUUUCAGCCACCCCAUGCUGACAGCAGCCACCCAUCUCCAGAAGGCUGCCAGGGGCAGUGGGCUGUGGGGGUGACGGGGAGGCGGGUAGCAGGGUGGAUCUUCCCCUGAAGCUGUGGGAGGACUUUGUUACAGAUAGAACUGUUGGAGCUUCCUGUCAUGAGUGAACAAGUAGGGAACCAGAGGAUCUUUGGAACAUUCCAGUGCUUCAGAACAUGCUAGUGCUUUGGCAGCUUGGUCCUGUCUGUGGAGUCUACUUUUAUCUCCCAGACACAGGGGACUCACAUGUGGGAUGGGCUGGGGGAAUCAGCCAAACUCAAGAGCCAGAUUUCUCUGCUUCCCAGCUCUGGGACCUCAGACCAAUAACUUGUCUCUCUGAGGCUCAGUUUCCUUUUUCGUACAAUGGAGACAGCGACAAGUCCUACCUCAGCGGGUCAUUGUGGAGAUGGGGAUAAAUGAAGCUGUGAAAUACAUUGUGUGGCUCAGAGCCCUGCAGGUGGAAAGUCUCUGGGGAAAGGGAGGUGCCGUGAUGCUGUUGAGAGGCCAACUGUGUGUGGUGACGUGUGGGCAGAACCGGGGAGGUCGGCUGGGGUGUGGGCGAGCCCUCCUCAGGAUAGCAAUGCAACUCGGGUCUCUGUUGCUUCUCUGAAACUGUUUCUUCCGCUAUAAAAUGCAAUAAAUAACAGUGACUUCCUGGUGAUGCUAUGCAAUUUCAGACUUCACAUAUGUUAAGAACUUUAGUAAAUGCCAAGCUGCCAUCCUGGUGAA